CUCUCCUUCUCACGCCAACACCCUUUUACUUUUCCUCACUCUUUAUUCAUUCCAAUUGAUGGACUUUAAAACAGAAGCUGGCAUCCUGCAGUAUCUGCAGUCUCAUGACGAGACGCGGAGCAUUGUCGCAGUCAGGAAACUGUCUGGUGGAAAUGCCAACUAUGUCUACCGCGGCACUAUCACCGAACCCUGUAUAGAUCUGUUUGGCGGUCGAUCCACGGUCGUCAUUAAGCAUGCAGCUGAUCAUUCAGCUACAUCCAGGGAGAUGGCACUCUAUGUCGACCGAAUGGCUUUUGAGCGGACCAUCCUUGGUAUUGUGGCCGAUGCCAAUAACAAUAAGAACAGCAACAAGGAAGAUGAAAACAUUGAAACGGUUAUUGUCAAGGUGCCACGCGUGCUCUACUGGGACCACAAGAGCAAUAUUGUGAUCCAGGAAGAUGCUGGUAUGAAAUCGACGCACCUCAAGGAGUUCAUCUCGUCUCUCGCCCAGCCACCGAGCCCGAGGCUGACUAAGGAGAUUGGCAGUUCGCUCGGCGAAUUCAUUGCGCGUCUGCAUCUCUAUGGCUUUCGCCAUCGAUCGGAGCUUUACCCGAACAAGAUGGCCAAUACUGAGGCUCUGGGCCUGUCGCGUCUGAUUCUUUAUGAUCAGUUCCCAAAGGCGGCGAGCAAGUACAUGGAGGAUCAGCCGCAGUUUGACCGGGAUGUGAUUGACCUGGCGUCCAAGUGGGGUGGUGACCGACUGAUGAACGAGCCCGAAACACUUGCCCAUGGUGAUUUCUGGCCAGGUAACUUCCUCAUUGAUAUCGCACCAGGAGAAGGAAAUGAGAUCACAAUCAAGCAUAUGUUCAUUGUGGACUGGGAGAUGAGCCGGUAUGCACCUGCAGCAAUGGACCUUGGUCAAUUCAUAGCUGAGGCCUUUUCGCUCAACAAGUACCGCCAUCCAUGUGAAGAGCUAAUGACCUCCUUCCUUGAGGCAUAUUGCAGGAUGUAUGGCGAUCGGCUGACAACCACGGAUCUCAAGACCGCUGUCAUUCACUGCGGCGGCCAUCUGAUGGCGUGGACACCCUAUACAGGCUGGUUUAAAGAAGAUGAAGGCCACGACGCCAAGGCGAAAGAAAUCACACUGAUCGGCGCCGAGUUCAUCAAACGUGCCUGGAUUGAGGACUGGGCUUGGGUCCGCCAGGAAACUGCCUUCCGCGUCAUGGUCGACCAUUUGAAGCUUUGAUCGAAUCCAAGCUGUAGAACUAUAAAGCUAUGUUUUACAGUUGGUACAAAAAGGUUCUCAAUGAGCUUUAUUUAUUAUUUUUGCUCCAGGAACAGUAUAAAAAAGGAUGAAAGUGAUUUCUUUAUUUUAGGUCAGGUUCAAGUUAUUAUUUUUCCUCACUAAUAGCACCGCAAUAACAGAUAAAAAUAUCUCCAAUUUAACAGCGCCAACAGUAAACAAUGACC